UUUUUUCCUUCCUUUAAUGGACACAACUGGCUUUCCCAAAAUACUCAAACGGUGACAGAGCUACGUGUACUACUUAGCAUAGCAGUUUAAUGUAUUUAAAAUUUGCGCCAAAGCUUUAUCUAAAUUACUUUUGCGGUUGUGUGUGUUUUUUUAAUUUCCUGUCGGUGCGUCGGAGAAACUUUACUGGCGUGUAUUUUCAAAAUAGAGUCGCAGUCAGUGUGGAAAACAAGUUGACGAGUUCCAACCUUUCGUGUUGAUUAAUAGUUUUGUUUUCUUUUAACCAUGCGAAAUUUGAAAUGUGUUGGAUUACAAGUGUAGCGGACAUGGAACACGACACCAGGAUGGUCGAGGAAUUCUAAAAGUGAAAAAAAAAAAUGAGGCGUUUGGCAAACAAAGGAGGACACCUCUGUGGGACUGAACACAGCCGACAAAUGGAGGAGGAAUGCUUCCAAACAACAGGCUGGCUCACUUUUUCUUUUUAACACGGCCUCCCUUUUCUCCCUUGAAUAACUCAGCCUGAACAUGUCGGCCGGAUUGUGGCGGUUGUUGGUGGUUUUCCUGCUCGGCGCUGGCGGCGGCUCGGCGGUUCCGUCCGACUGUAAAUCGUACGACGAGCGUUCAAAAAGCGCAGGAAAAAGCCUGUCGUCCGACAGGAAAGUGGUGUGCAGCAACAUGGAGCUCCAUCAGGUGCUGAGCCCGGACUCCUUCCCCAACAGAACAGUCACACUAAUUUUAAGCAACAAUAAGAUUGGAGAACUCAAAAAUGGAUCCUUCACAGGAUUGUCAACUCUGGAAAGAUUGGACCUCCGGAGUAACUUGAUCAGUCAUAUUGAGCCCGGUGCCUUCCUUGGAUUGCCAGCGCUCAAAAGACUGGACUUGUCUAACAACCGCAUUGGCUGUCUCAACAUCGACAUCUUCAAGGGCCUCACCAGUCUGGUCAAACUCAACCUUUCUGGAAACGUGUUCUCGUCAUUGGCUCAAGGCACCUUUGACAGCUUGUUGUCUCUGAAAACUCUUGAAUUUCAGACGCCUUACCUGCUGUGUGACUGCAACCUCCUGUGGCUGCUACGUUGGAUCAAAGACAGGAACAUCAGUGUCAAAGACACAAAGUGUUUCUACCCCCAGUCUCUCCAGGGCCAACUCAUUACCACUGUCAAACCGGAGCACCUCACAUGUGACGCACCACUGGAGCUGCCCUCCUUCCAGCUGACCCCGUCCCAGCGUCAGGUCGUCUUCAAGGGAGACAGCUUGCCAUUCCAAUGCCAGGCCUCCUUCGUGGCCGAGGAUAUGCAGGUCCUCUGGUACCAGAACGGUCGCAUGGUGAUGCCUGACGCCGCCCAAGGCAUCGUUAUUGAAAAGCGCAUGGUGCAGAACUGCUCGCUUAUUGCUAGUGCACUGACCAUUUCAAACAUCCAGCCUGGAUCCACUGGCAACUGGGAGUGUCGGGUCAAAACAAGCCGGGGCAACACCACCAGGACUGUGCACAUCGUGGUGUUGGAGAGUUCUGCAAAAUACUGCGCUCCUGAACGUGUCUCCAACAACAAAGGAGAGUUCAGGUGGCUGCGCACACUAGCUGGGAUCAGAGCGUACCUCCCCUGCAACAGACUGUCGUCAAGUGCAGCUAUUUACUCAGGCAGUUCCAAUGAAGAGCAUCGUGCGUGGCGCUACUGUGAUCGCGAGGGGCUGUGGGCUGAGGAUGACUACUCGCAUUGUCAGUACCAGAAGGACAUUACUAGAUUUCUCUCCAUCAUCAACCAGAUGCCUCUGAACGAGAGUAACGUGGUACAGAACGCUCGGCGCAUGUUGGUCAGCACCGAUGAUGCCGCCAACUUCUCAGACAAGAUGGAUAUUAUCUUUGUGGCGGAGAUGAUAGAGAAGUUUGGCAAAUUUGUUGAGAAAUUCAAAGAUCUGGGUGAGGUUAUGAUCACCAUGGCCAGUAACUUGAUGCUAGCAGACGAGAGGUUACUGUGGAUGGCUCAACGUGAAGCCAAGGCCUGCUCUCGCAUUGUUACAUGCCUCCAGAAGGUUGGUGUCCCCCGCCUUGUGACAACGCAGGCCUUCUCCUUGACGUCGCCCAACAUAGCCCUGGAGUCCCACGCUGUCAGGGUCAGUAACUGGAACGGCAUGACCUGCAUGUUGUUCCAGAAGCCAAGCCCUGAACGCACACCUCUUCUGGAUCGUCAGCUCACUUUCAAAUGCAACACCACCUUCUCAGCCAUACUGUACAAGAAUACUGUGGUGGAGGCAUCCCUGCAGCUUCCCCAGUCUGUCUUUGCCCACUCUGCCAUACCUGGACAGACAGACGAUGCAGUCUACAAGCUUCACCUGCUGGGCUUCCGCAAUGGCAAGUUUUUCCCUUCCACUGGCAACUCCUCCCGCCUGGCUGAUAGUGGGAAGAGGAGGAGUGUGGCCACUCCCGUCAUAAUGGCAAAAAUUGAUGGCAUGUCCCUACAUGGACUUCGGACCCCUGUUAACGUCACUCUGCGACGGUUAUCCCAUGGGUCGGAUGCGGUGCCCGCCUGCUGGAACUUCAGCCUGGUGGGUGAACAGGGAGGAUGGCAGAGUGAUGGAUGCCACAUCCUAGGACAUCAUGACAACUUCACCACAAUAUCCUGCAACUCUCUUGGUUACUACGGCCUGCUCAUGGAUCUUAGCAUCGUGGAGUAUUUUCCUCCAAGCAUCCAGCCACUGCACACAGUUAUCUAUGCUACUGCCAUUAUCCUUCUCCUCUGCCUGCUUACAGUCAUCAUCAGCUAUGUCUUCUACCACAGGUCUGUCCAUGUUAGCCGCAAGUGUUGGCACAUGGUGGUCAACCUCUGCCUCCACAUCUUCCUCACCUGCGGGGUUUUUGUCGGUGGCAUCAAUCAGACACGAUAUCCAAGUGUCUGCCAAGCGGUGGGUAUCUUGCUGCACUACUCGACUCUGGCUACAUCUCUGUGGGUGGGCGUCACUGCGCGCAACAUCUAUAAGCAGGUGACACGUAAGGCCAAACACUACGAAGAGCUGGACGAGCCGCCGCCGCCACCGCGGCCAAUGCUGAGGUUCUACUUAAUCGGCGGAGGAAUCCCCAUCAUUGUGUGCGGUAUCACAGCAGCAGCCAACAUCAAGAACUACGGCAGUCGGAGCACUGCGCCAUAUUGCUGGAUGGCGUGGGAGCCGAGCAUUGGUGCGUUCUACGGCCCAGUGGGUUUCAUCAUCUUUGUGGACUGCAUGUAUUUUCUCAGCAUCCUGCUCCAGUUGCGGCGCCACCCUGAACGCCGCUAUGAGCUCAAAGAGGCGGCCGAAGAGCAGCAGCAUCUCACUUCAGUCAACGGUGAGCCGGGGCCAGAUGGUCACAGCAGCCACUGCCACUCCCUCAGUCUCCCGCUGCAGUCGCACGAGGCUGCAUCCUCCUUAGCGUCGGCUCCUCACACAGUGCCGUUGUCGGCAUUGGAGAACGAACACACAUUUGCUGCCCAGCUGAUGGGCACUGCAGGGGCGUUCGGGCUGUACGCUGCUCUCUGGGUGUUCGGGGCCAUGGCUGUAUCGCAGGAUCACCCAUUUGACUUGGCUUUCACCUGCCUGUUUGGGGUGGCUGCGCUCUCGCUGGGCGCUUUCAUGGUUGCACACCACUGUGUUAACAGACAGGACAUGAGGCAUCAUUGGUCCCAAGCUUGUUGCUCUGGGAGACUAACCUACUCCACACAAGAGGACAUCCUUUUGCCUCAACCAUUAGGGGCAGUGACAUCGACAACAGCGUCUGCCAACAAGCCAGAGGAGGAGUCAAAGUUUGGGCCCAGCAGUGCCGACUCCUCCUACACAAAUAAGAGUGCCCCAAGCAUGCGUAACUCCGCCCACGGCAGCAAGCUGACCAACCUGCACGCAGAAGCGGCACAGUGCAAAUCCAUGUCAGCACCAGUUCAUGGUAACAGUGCAGCGGUUGCAGACAGCUUGACUGAACAUUCACUAGACACUGAAAUUAAAAUGCACGUGGCGCCUGUUGAGGUGCAGUUCCAGCCAGUGAACAAUAUCACCAAUCCUGCUGCUGCUGCGAAUGGACACGCGGGCCGGCAUCACAAAAACAGAGCUCGAGCGCACCGCGCAAACCGGCUGACGGUACUACGCGAGUACGCCUACGACAUACCGACAAGUGUAGACGGUAGCGUGCAGAGUGUACCGCACAGGCGGCACCAUCAUUACCACGACAUGGCUGCACGUUGUAGUCGGCGCGCGGCCUACAUGGCUUACAGAGAGCGGCACCAGAGCCAGCUGCAGCAGGACAGCAGCGACAGCGCCAGCCUACCUCGGCGCUCCCGCUACACCGAUAAAGGAGACGGAAGCUCGCUCGGGAACGGGUCAGCUGGUGAGACGCAACUGGUAACCAUUGAAACUGAACGGGCGACGACAGCCCUAAGCUCAAGUAGCGACCCUGGUACGGUAAAGCAGCCCAACACAACUGAACUCGAAAGCCAAACCAAGUCAUAUGGACUCAAUCUCGUGAUUCAGAAUGGGACAGUUAAAGUCAGUGAAGAGCCUUUAAUUAACGCGGACAGUGCGCCCAGUAUAAAGACCGGCUUAUGGAAACAUGAAACUACCGUGUAGCUACAGUUUCCAUCCCAAAGACUUUUGUGAGGACUUCUUCCAAUAACACUGUGAAAUGGAUUUUUGUGUCUAAAAAAAAAAAAAAAAUACUUAAAAGGAAACAUGAGAUACCUUACUGAGAAUACCGCUGUAUGUAGAUACUUUUUGUAAAAGGUCGAUUGUUUAUAGUUACUUCUGUGGUGUGGCCCUGCGUAUGGGUUCGGGGACUAAUUUCCACUUGGCCCCACCCUAAUAAAGUUCCAUUUGCCUACUUGA